GCCUCGCGACCUCCGAAAUUGGAAAUGGCACCGUUCAGUAAAACAUACAAAGGACCUAAUCCAUAUAGCUACGCUAUCGUCGCCAAACAGCCAGGAUGUAAUUAUAAGAUACGUCUUCGUGACAUGGAGCGAGUGAAGCUGGAAACAUAUAGAAUAAAAAACGAAGAAGAAUUUAAAAGUUUAAUGCGACAUCAUCAGCACAAAGAAAUGAUCGAGGCGGCUGACAGGAAAUCCAUUUACAACCAGAUCAAGCGGAUGGUCGAUUGUGGAAUGAAGGCUAACGAACAUUUGUUAGUCGAACCAUGUCCAACACCAGAGCCAAUAGCAGAAAAAAACAACGAGCGGCCUCGCACGCCCGUCGAAGAUUUAAAAGAAAAAGCCCAGUUACUAAAAAAACAAAAGGAGAAAGAAGAUCAACAAAUCGUCGACAAGAAAAGAUUACAAAUGUUAAUAGACAAUUCUGAAGAGGUGAGGACCGCUGCGGUACUAAGGCGGACCAAGGAAAUUUCUAAUAUAAAUUACAAAAUACUUAUGGACAAUGAAAACCUGAGAAAAGAGCAAAAGAUCAGAAAGAAAGAAACGGACGAUGUUAACCAUGUGGAAACGAUUCGACUGCUAGCUUGUGAAAAACAAAACGAGAGACAAAACGAAUGGGAAAAGAAAAUGAAAUUCAAAAAAGAGUUAACGGAACAGGUGGAACUAAAGAACAAGUUACGAAAGCAAAACGAGGAGGCCAAAAGAAUUGAACAAGAGGAAAUGAAAAUGGCGAUAAAAAAACUAAUUGAGGAACAAGAACAAAAUGAAAAAAAUGAACGAAUCAAAAAUCACACUAAAACUGUGGAAGAGAUCAAUUGGUUUAUCGAAGCAAGAUCCAACUUGUUAAUGGAAAAGAAGAACGCUACAGAAACGUUUGACGAGACGUUCGCACUUACCAUGCGAAACGCCUUACAAAACGAUGCCAAGGAAGCGAUGGAAGCAAAGAAGCGGAUAAAAUUGGAAAACGAGCUUUUCAUAAAACAACAAGAGGCCAUCAACGAAGACCGCAGAAGGCGUAACGAGGAAAUGUCAAAUUUGAUUUUGAAGCAGAUGAGAGAUAUCGAAGAAAUGAAACUCUUAGCCGAGCAAAAGACAGACAAUGCGCGCAAAAAACGGGCUGAAGAAAACAACAGAGUCUUACACGAACAGUUAGCAGCACACAAGAAAUAUCUUGUCGAUCAAAAUGAACUAAAGCGUAAAUUAUUCCAAGAGUCGAUGAAACAAUACGAAUGUUAUUUAAAAGAUUCAAAGGAACAAAGGGAAAAUCAAAUUAAAUCAAAAUGCCAGUUCCGAAAAGAAUUGACCGAUCAAAUAGAAUUCAGGAAACAAAUAGUUGAAAAACAAAGAAAAAUUGAUUUAGACAAUCACGAAAAGUGUAUGAUCGAAAUAGAAAAACAGGAAGCGCUUCUGAAAUCUUUAACUAAACUUUGA